CUGACCAAAAAUGUCUCCUAUUUUUUUUGUUGAUUUUAUGACAGCCGAAUAAACUAAAGCAACAUAGAUAACAGGAAACGAUGCUGAGUCAUGCUUUGUGACUCAUCUAUUUUGACCCAUGAACACGGGGGCCAGUUUAAAUCCCCAUACUUUCAAAGGGAGUACGUCACGGAGAGAGAGCUGGAGCUCAGACUUGUAGUUCACUCUCAUCAUCAUACCCCCAGGAGGCUCUGCUGCUUCCCCAGCCCCUUUGUUCAGUCUAGCCGGUGGGUUGAGUCACACAGGGAGGCUGUGCUAAAACCCAACAAAUCCAUACCACUGUGGGAAACACCGACAGGAGCUUGGAAAAAAAAAAUAUAACCGAGGAGUCCGGUUUAAUGAGAGGAAGAAGGCGUCAGGAAAAAAAAAAAAAGUUGCUUUUGAGUGUUGCUGAUGCUGCGUUUCGCUUAGAAAAACCGUGUGUGUGCCAGCGCUCGGCUGCGAUACAUGUCGGCGUCUCCUCGGUAGCUUUCUCCGGCUAUCAUCCCUGCUCAGAGAAUGAACCGGCAGGCUAAGUGCUAAAGGUCUACUGCAGACACUGUGCAGUUGUUGCCAUCAUCCGCUUGAUCCACGCUGACUCUCCCUUUCAGUUUCUGCUCAGCAUCCAUAUUUGCAUCCCAGGGAGUGGCAACCACUAAUCCCCCCCUUUUUUUUUUCCUCCUCCCUGGCAAGAAAAUUGAAAGUUGGGCCGGUUGGCAGGACACUGAUCGGACGCUCUAAUUUCACACCAGAAAAGCUAAACAUGGAGAGAGACAGCCACCACUCCCACAUCUAGUGCCUGAUCCACAAGCCUUCUUCACCCAGGGAGGAGCUCUCAGGUCCCGGGCCAUCUCCCUGCUACUGUAGAAUGAAUAUGCUCAAGUCCAGCGGACUGAAAAUCCCUGGCCGGGGGCCCAAACAUUCCAGCCCAGUGGGAAGGACCUCAGCGGGUGGAACAUCCAGCCCAGUCGUCCCUAAAGACAAUUGUCCACUCAAGCCCACCACACCAACAAAAAUCUCCGAAGAGGGCGACGAUGUUUUGGGGGAUUACACAGUCGGCGAACAAGUCUGGGUCAACGGUGUCAAACCAGGAGCUAUCGCCUACCUGGGGGAGACCCAGUUUGCCCCCGGACAGUGGGCAGGCGUGAUACUGAAUGACCUAGUUGGCAAAAACGAUGGUUCAGUGGGCGGAGUGCGCUACUUUGAAUGCCAGCCCCUCCAGGGCAUCUUCACGCGACCCUCGAAGCUCACCCGACAGCCGGUCGGAGAGGGAAGUGACAGCCACUCCACUGACUCACUCUCUGCCCAGAAUCAGACUCAGCAAGGUGGCAGUGGUGCCCCCCCUGGCCAGCGGGUGGUGGUGCCACUCAGAGAGGGUCUGCUCAACAGUGCAGUGAAAACAGGCAAUGAGUCAGGGUCCAAUAUGUCUGACAGCGGUUCGGUUAAGAAAGGAGGGGAUAAGGAUCUUCGAGUUGGAGAUCGAGUUUUGGUCGGAGGCUCUAAGAUGGGAGUCAUACGCUACAUGGGAGAGACAGACUUCGCCAAGGGUGAAUGGUGUGGGGUCGAGCUGGAUGAGCCUCUGGGGAAGAAUGAUGGUGCAGUAGCUGGUACAAGAUACUUUCAGUGUCUUCCCAAAUUUGGCCUGUUUGCUCCGAUCCAUAAGGUGAUCCGCAUCGGCUUCCCCUCCACCAGCCCGGCCAAGGCUAAGAAGAGCAAGCGGGUGGCCAUGGGGGUUUCUUCUCUGGCCCACAGCCCCAGCAGCUCCUCCAUCAGUUCAGUCAGCUCGGUGGCCUCCUCCGUGGGUGGACGACCGAGCCGAGCUGGACUGCUGACGGAGACAUCAUCACGCUAUGCCCGUAAGAUCUCAGGCACCACAGCUCUCCAGGAAGCCCUGAAGGAGAAGCAGCAGCACAUCGAGCAGCUGCUGGCCGAGAGGGACCUGGAACGGGCCGAUAUGGCCAAGGCCACCAGCCACAUCUGUGAGGUGGAGAAGGAGCUGAACGUUAUGAAGGCGCAGCACGUGCAGUAUGUAACAGAGAACGAGAGCACACUCCAGCAAGUCAAAGGCAUGUUGGCAACCACAGAGAAAGAUAAACUGGAACUGGCCAAUCAGCUCGAAGAAGAGAAAAGGAAAGUGGAGGACCUCCAGUUCAGGGUAGAAGAGGAAUCCAUCACCAAAGGAGACCUGGAGACUCAGACGAAAUUGGAACAUGCCCAUAUUCGACAGCUUGAGCAGAGUCUGCUCCUCGAAAAGUCGAGAGCAGAGAUGCUUCAGAAAGAAUUAGAGAAGAGGAGGCAAACCACAGUUGAAGAGCAGAGUCGUAUCAUGCAGCUGGAGAAGGAACUCAGCAGCCGGAGAGUCGAGAUCGAGAACCUCCAGGCUCAACUCAGAGGAUCUGAAACGAGCUCGCAGCAAGCCAGCGACAGCGAGGCUGCCCCGGGGACAGACACUCAGCCAGAGACCCUCCUCCUGCGCGAGCAGCUUGUGUCGGCGGGCCGUGAGCACUUCAAGGAGAGCAGUGAGCUUAAAGAGAAGUACGAGACUGCAUUAGCAGCGUGCCAGCAGGAGAUAGACACGCUGAAGGCGGUGGUGGAUAAUAAGAACCAGGAGAUCAGUGAGAUGAAGCAGAAAGUCCAACAGGCUGCCAAGGAAAACAUGGAAAUGAUGGACACCUGGAAGGAUAAAUUCGACACUUUAGUGAGCAACCACCAGCGUUCUUUGGAAGAACUGAAGGCCAAAUUGAGCAGUGAUCAAGCUGUUCCAGCAGGCCAGGAGCAGGACGCCCAGGAGCUGAGAGCCACUCUGGAGGGCCUGAAGAUGGAGCACCAGCUGGAGAUGGAGAAUCUCAAGGCCAAACAUAAGAUCGAAGCCGCAAUCCUGACCAAGGAACGUGAAGACCUCUGCACUCGUCUUCAGGAGGCCAAAGACCAGCUGGCUGAAGGCAACCAGGCAUGGAGGACCGAGGUGGAGGCCAAAAGCAGCAAGCAGGCCCUGGAGGAGGUCACGGAUAAGCUACAGAAGGCGGAGCAGAGGCUGGCGGAGAUGGAGAAGCUUAAAAUGGAGCAGGACAAAAGCACAGGGGAGCUGAGAGAGAGACUGGAGCUGUCAGAGAAGAAGAUGAUGGACUAUGAGGCCCUGCAGAAGGCACAGGCAGAGAGCCAAGAAGAGAUCCAGAAACUGGAGGAGAAACUGAGGGUGACGGCCAACCAGCUCCAGGCCAUCCAGGCAGACCGCUACACAUCCCAUGAUGCAAAUGUGAUUGAGGAUAACGAAAUUUCAGAAGAGAAGAUGAAGCUUAAACAGAAUAUUGAAGAAACAAUGGAGAAGUUGUUAAAAAGGGAAAAAGAGGUCUCGACUCUCACGUCCCAGGUUGAAGCCCUCAAAUCUCAGAUGGGAGCACUAGAGGGCAAAGUCCGCUCAGGGGAAAAGAAAGUCGAGGCCAUGGCCAAGGAGAAGGUGCGUUUGGAGACGGAGCUGGAGUCCAUGACCAAGAAGUCCCAUGAUGCCUCUGGGCAGCUGGUCAACAUCAGCCAGGAGCUGCUGAAAAAAGAGAGGAGUCUAAAUGAACUGAGGGUGUUACUCCUGGAGACACAUCGCCAUUCACGGGAUAUGGAGAAAGACCUGAACAGAGAAGUGCACAAAGCUGAGUGGAGGGUGAAGGAGCAGAAACUACAGGAUGACAUCAAGACCCUGCGUGAAAAACUGCUUCUACUGGGUCGGGAAAGGUCUUCACCUGACCACCGUCGGUACUCCAUGUUGGACCCCUCGGCCCUGGACUCAGAAGUGAGCCGUCUUCGCCAACGGCUGCUCAGCACUGAAGAGGCUCUGAGGAAUGCCUUGGAACACAACCAGCAAGUCGACCAGCUGGUCCAGGCUAUGCGCAGGCAUCCAGAUAAAAGCCCGGCACAUGGUGCAAAUUCAGCCAAUGGAAUUCAUCAUCAGGAGUCAGACAGUCCUCGAGAUGUUGGAACAACACUGAUAUGAGCAGAAGAGAUAAGACUGAAAUGGGACGUACGGAGGCACACCUUAAAGAAAAGCUUGGCCGACAUUUCUCCUGAUCCUGCGACGGGACACCUGAAGAACAUUUCAGUUUACAGUUAAUACCAAAACAGCGAAUCUCAAGUGAAUUUAUGUGUUUGUUGCAGAAAGCACCUAUUAGCCAAUCAUGAAGACCGCUUAAAGUACUAUAAAAUAUAAACAGGAAACAGGACAUGGACAUGAAGAGAUAUUAUCGGUACAACUCCUGAGAACUUACAGUAUGGCAACUUUUGAUGCUUUACGGUAGUUAGAAAGUUUGAAUCUACAAGUUGCCGGGAACUCUGUGACAAUUCUGAAUUUUGAAGGCUGAUGGACAACGAUGUGAAGAAGUGAAGAAGAACCGGGUCUCAGUCGCUUUGUUUGUUUUAUUUAUUACUUUUAAUUUGCCUCCUCAGCUUUGUAAUAAUCCUCUACGGCUGAGCUGUCUUGGCCAGUGAUACCCCAAGCAACUCUUCAAGGAUGACACUGACUAUUUUUUUUUUAGGGGUUUGGCUCAUUUGUCACCUUAAUUAAUACCUAAUGGGAGAAUUAGACAGACUCAUUACAUUUAGCUCUGACCACUGCUUUAUUGUACAAUGUGAUAAGUACUUGUCACGUUAUUGGAAGCAUUAAAAAAGACCUUUAAAAUAACACCCCAAAUCUGUCUUUUCAGUAGAGAAGUAGCUGCAAGAAGGUUUUUGUUUCACUCUUUUUGCUUGUGAUUAUGUUGAAUCCAUUAGUAUUAUGGUGGCCAUUUUUUUGGUUUGGAAAAUUUCUAAACUGUCCACAAAACUUUCCAAACCAACUCCCACAACAUAAUCCACUCUCCAGCCAUGUGCUCAGUCUGUUGCAAAAGUCUGUUUUUUUUCACUAAAAUACAGCUAAAAACUACUGCUUCUGUUUCAAACCAAAUCCAAACCAGUCCAAAUGACUUUUCCCAACCUUUAUCGCUCAUGAAGUCAGUAAGAAAACCUGUGCAAACUCUUGCGUUUUAUGACUAUCAUCAAGAUCAAAUUUCAGUACUCUGGAAGUGUCCUAAAAACCAUUUUAGGGUUAGGUCUGGAUCUUUACACGAGCAAUCAAGCACAACAAGAUGUCUAGCUAUAAGAAAAAAGAUGGAGGACAUGAAGGCACAACAGAGAGAGAGUUUCAUUCCCUCUGGCAACUUUUUACUGCUUUAUCAUACUUAUAUAAUAGCCAAUUAUUUUUUUUGUAUAUGUUCUGCAUUUGGUUUAACACUUAGUUAACUUAACUAUUAACAUGCUCGAAAGUUACUGGUUAUCAAACUAUGGUAUGUGUACCACUGGUGGUACCUCUCUCUAGUGGUACAUGGAAUAUUUAAAACAUAUAUAAAUUAAAUUGAUAUAAAAACAUAAAAAACUACAAAAUUUAGACAGAAAAUAAACCACGAGAUUGCUGAAAUGUAGCAUACAUUUAUGUAGCACACACACUGCUGCGAGCUAAAAUGUGGCGCAGGUAAAUCGUGGCUCGAAAUAUUAUGAAAAGAACUGCAGUUCAUGAGUACCUCUUGUCCACCACCAUUAGCUCUGAUUCUUGAACCGGUUCUGCUCAAGAUUCAACCACAGGUAAUAAUAAAUAAUCUCCUUAUUAGGAAUAAACCCGCCUACAUAAACUGUCCGUAGCUGAAUAGGGUCGGCCUACGCUGCUGUUUUUACUGAUACUUUGUGACGUACUUACAUUUUCUAAAGGUGGUACAUGGUGCCAAAAGAUUGACAAACUACUACUCUCAGGCAUCAGUACUGUUACCAUGGUUACAUGUAGUAUAAACUACUUCAACAGUGGUUAAACCGUUGACUAAGACUUAGACGUUUCAAAUAACGCAAUUAUUUCUGCUUACCAUAAUGUUCUCCAAAGCAUCAACCGAUCAUGUCUUCAGGUUUAAGGUGACUAACGGACCAUCCUCCUAAAAAUAAAAUAGAAAAAGUAGUCCCUUUUAGCCAUUGCACAUGAGUGGACUUCUCAGACAAUUAUUAAUGAACCUGGGAAGCUCUGCUGAAUUCAGACUUGUGUUACAGUAUGUUUAUAGAAUGAAUAUAGUGAAUUAUUCCAGACUUUUUCUUAAACUCGUCUGACCCUGUAUCAAUACGCCUCUUACUCUGUCAGUAAUGAUCAGUUAUUUUAUUUACUGUGGACUAUGUAUCAGUACAGACUCCAUCUACACACUAGUAUUAACUAAUUAUAUAUGGUACGCCAUAGCAGCCUAUUUUAAUGUCAUAUCCGGAUUACUUUACUGACCUUUUUGUUGGGUACUGAAGGGCUGUCACAGGAGCUAAAACCCAAACAAUGGAUGUUAGGAUGUUACACUUGCCUAGAUUGACAACACCUGUAUUUAAUUUGUAGAAAUGUUACCAACACGUAAAGAAUUUAUACCGUAAGUCUUCCAAAUAUUGUUUUAUCCAUCUGUCAAGUAAACUCGGAGAUCCUGUUUGCAGUUGCUUUUGCUACAGGAGACAUUACACCGAGGUGAGUGGUGUGUGGAAAGCUUGAAAUCGUGUCUCCUGAGCAAAACAUGUCGGGCAGGCGCUGGUCAGCUCAGAUAAAAACCUAAAUUUUUCCAUUGGAUAUUGUACAAGGCCUUUUCAGCUGGAGGGCUCAUAACCUUUGGGUUAUUGCUGCAAUGGUUUCGAAGAUUGAGUCAUUAAAUAUUAACAAUGUGG